UAACCGUGGAUUAACGGAAUUAAAAUGUUCACACAUCCGACCGGGUAAUGAAUCCGAGGCACGCACGCGAUAAGAUUCAAUGAACCCCCCGCGCAGAUGCAGUCAUCUGCAGUUCUGCACUGGGUGGAAUGUCACAGAUGUGAUGCUCUGAUAGGGAAAAAAUGCAGAUCAUGGCAGUAUGGCGCGACACCAAGGUACUUACCGAGUAGCUUGGCCAGCUCUCUGCAUCGAUCAGGAGGGUGUUUGAAGCCAAGUGGUCUGUUUGCCUACCUUCAGUUAUCUUAUAUCAUACACAAGGUACCAGAUGGGUAUAACUAUUGUGAUUAUCACUGCCCCUCAGGUAGCCAAUUAUAACUUAUAAAUAGUAUCAAGGAGUAUCAGCAAGGGGCCUGUCACGCUACCCAUCUACAGUAUGGAUUUCAUGUGAAUGCAGUGAUAGUAGGUAUUGCUUAAGAUUUGGGAUGACACCUCAGUGGUAACCUCCCGAGGUCUGUGGAUUGC